UUUUUAUUGCUAAGACUCAGAGCAACUGUACUUUAAAAAUUUUAUGGACAGUUCACUGUGGGAUGAAGAUGGGGCAGAAAUGGAUCUUAUAAAGAAAGAAAGCCUGCAGCGGGAGAAGCAGAUAGAAAAUGAAGAUAUUAGGACUAAAAGAGAAUCUGAAAUAGAAAAGGCAAGAAUUAUCACUGAAUCUGCGCUGGAAGCCCAUUCAAACACACUUCUAAUGUUUUUGGGGUAUGUAAAAGCCGUUGCUAUGAAGGAGGACAGAAGUAUCUGGAUAGAAAGCGAAGCAAGAGUGUGGAAUGCAAUAAAGCAAGCUAUUGCUAAGAAUAUAGAAGAAGGCACUGAAAAAGAGAGAUUUGGUGAAAUUAUAUCCAAGAAAAUACUAGAAAUUGUAGAAAGCCGGGAGAGGUCGAUUGCCAGCAUAGAAAGACAGUUUCAAUCACUCGAACAUUAGAAUAAAUACGUAUAUAAUCCAAAUAACUUAAAAGUGCUAUAUAUUUAGAAAAGAAUGUAUUAUAAGAAAAAAUAAAUAUGU